AUGGCCUCAACACAACCCAAGACCGACAUCAAGUCGACUGAGCCCAAGCCCGAGCAGCCUGUUACCGAGAAGAAGACGGCCGUGUUGGAGGAGGACGACGAGUUUGAGGAUUUCCCCGUUGAUGACUGGGAAGCCGAAGACACAGAAGCCGCCAAGGGCAACAACGAAGCCAAGCACCUAUGGGAGGAGUCCUGGGACGACGAUGACACGAGCGACGACUUUUCUUCGCAGCUAAAGGAGGAACUCAAGAAGGUUGAGGCUGCCAAGAAGCGGUAA